AUGUCCAACCGCCGUCGCCCACAGAAGGGCCUAGGCUGGACGGGCAUACGAGAGCAGAGUUGGGGCAGCUGGGCUACGGAGAUCCGCAUCCCACACACCCGACUCAGGCUCUGGAUCGGCAGGUUUAGGCAUGCCCUUGAGGCGGCUCUGGCGUAUGAUGCCGCCAUGUUCUGCUUUUAUGGUGAGUGCCUCCCCAGACAACGCAAGUUCAACUUCCCGGCCGUCCAGCGCCCUGCCAUCCCUGACCACCUUCGCAUCCACCUCAACAUAGCCACCAUCAGGGUGAUCGCUGCAGACUACGGCUAA